AUGGACAUUGCAAAUGUAAAUUUUGAGAGCGGGUGGAAAAUAAUAAAGGAAGAAGCGAUAGAGAAGAUAGAAAAUUAUUUAGAAAAUGAACAGAUUGAACAUAAUAAGCAUUUAUUCAGUGCUACGGAGUACACAAGGUUGUAUACUGUUGUAUACAAUAUGUGUGCAAGAAAAAACCCAUUUUGUUAUUCGAAAGAGGUGUAUAGAAAAUAUGGAGAAAGUUUAUCCGUGUACACUGUGGAAAAAAUCAAGCCGUUGUUAAGAAAUAAAGAGGAAUUAAUGAAGGCGAAAAUUUUAAUAGACGCCUGGUUUAAAUAUUCUUUUUACACAACCUGGAUGAAUAAAUUUUUGCGGUACCUCGAUCGUUACUAUGUAGAGUAUAACAGCUCUUUAUGCCUAAGUGCGUACACAAAAAAUAUUUUCAAAAUUACUCUUUUUAACGAUUUAAGAGAGGUAAUUCGAAAUAUCGUUUACCAAAUUUACGAUAAUUUGCGCAAGGAUGAAAAAGAAGAGGAGAAAAAAUUAUUCUGUGAUUUGGUUCAUCUGUAUAAAGAGUUAGAUGAAGACAGUAACGAGAAAAUGUAUGAACAUGAUAUAGAAAAAAAAAUUUUGGAAAAUGUGGAAAAUUAUUAUAAAACGGAAGGAGACAAUUGGCUCGCCAAUUUAACCUUUGAUGAGUACAUUAUCUCAAUUGAAAGUUCUAUACAAAAAGAAUUUGAAAAGAACAAAACGUUAAAUCUGAUAGAAGAGACUUGCGAAAAGGUGACAAAUAUUGUUGUGAGAAUAUUGAUAUAUGAAAAAUUGGAACAACUGCUGAGUAAUAAAAAUAACAUUUUCGACAUGCUGAAAAGUAACAACAUAAGAUGUUUGAGAAGAACGUAUAUUUUGUUUUCCUAUUUUCCCGAGGCCAUAGAAGGGCUCAAAAAAAUGAUAGGGGAUUACGUAAAAACGGAGGGAAACAAUUUGAAAGAAAAAUACAUCCAAAUGUCACGAAGUAUUUGUAGCAACGAAAAGGCAGCUGAUGAUAUGUUGUGCGGUUCAAAUGUAAAUAGCAAUAUUGCUCAGCAGAAGGAUGAGUACGCCCUUUGUGGAUACAUUGACGAACUGAUUAAACUGCAUAACCACUACGACAAUGUUUUUAAGUUAGCCUUUUUUGCCAUUUCGAACAAGUCCAUUGAUCACCAUUUUAAGGAGUGCCUUAAAGAUUACUUUGAAAGUUUUGUGGAGCACGAGGAUGAGUAUUUCAGCACAGUAAAGCUGCUGGUGCUGUACGCUGAUAAUAUAUUAAAGAAGCGGGACGAACCAGAACAAUUAACCUCCCAUCAAGGCAACGAAGGAGACACUUCUAACUACUCAGUAAAUGAAAAGGCGCACCAGAUGACAUACCGCACUGGAGAAGAGCACCCUGAGGAUACACACAAAAAAGACACAAUCGAGCUAAAAAAACAAAUGACAGAAAUUGUGGAAAUUUUCAACUACACAAGCAAUAAGGAAAGCUUUUUCGAGUACUACAGAAUUUAUCUAGCAAACAGACUGAUCAAUAAUAUUUAUAUAUCCCUUAGUGUGGAAAAAAAAUUUAUAGAAAAUUUGUACUUCUUGUGCGGGUCUCAAUAUACAUCCAAAUUGGUGGGGAUGAUUCAAGACAUGAUAAAUAACAACACGACGAAUAAUAAAUUUCUGGAUUUUGUCAAUUCGAAAUAUGCACAUUGUGAAAAUGACCUUACUCUGAAAAACAUCCAGAAUUUUUUCACAGUAAAAAUAUUGAACAAGGGUUUCUGGCCAACCUUUGAAAAAACGCCUAUGAAAUUGAGUGAUACUUUUAACAAGUGUAUAGAAUUGUUUGAAGAAUAUUACAAGAUGGAUAAUAAAAAUAAAAAAUUAGAAUGGAUAUAUGAAUUGAGUGAAGUUAUUUUAACAUGUACAUUCCAGAAUUGUGUGUAUUACCUUUACUGCAAUAUUGUUAAUGCGCAGAUAAUUCUCCUUUUUAAUAAACAUAAAUUUAUCAAUUAUGAAAUUAUAAAAACAGAGUUGAACAUUGACUUGAAGACAUUUACAAAUAAUAUGUACUCGUGUUUACAUUAUUUUAAAAUAAUAUCUUCCAAUGAUCAACUCGUUGAUUGGAAUUCUUCCACUUUUUUUAUCAACCCAAAUUUUUCCUAUCCGCAUAAUAAGGUGUACAUCAAGAAGGCUACUGCAUUGCUUUCUAAGGAGCACGAAAAGAUUAAGGAAGAUCGAACCAUGGCCAUUGAAGCUGCCAUUGUCCGUGUUAUGAAAGCGCAUAAGAAAUUAUUCUACGAUCAAAUAUUUGAUUAUGUCAAAAAGUCGCUCUCCUGUUUUGCCCCCACCAACCAGAUCAUCGAGAAAAAAAUAGAUUUGCUAGUCGAGAGGGAAUACCUCCAGAAGGAAGAAAACAGCCAACUGUACAUUUACAUACCGUAG